ACAGUCUGCUUGCUACUAGAAAGCAUCAUUGUCGUGGUACUCUUUAGUGUUUUUUUUUUAAACGAAUUUUUAACUUAAAUCCGGUUUUCUAGUGUUUUCAACCAAUAUUUAGUGAUUUUAAUGUUAAAAUUCCCAAAAUAAUGUGUAGACUUAACACCUAUAUUUUCUUCUUAGAAACUAAAUGACCUGAAGUCCGGUCUGCGGAAUGAAGAUGACCUAAAUAACCAAUGAUGUAUUCUUUUUUAGUUGAAAAGUUAUCUCGUGGCGUAUUGUGUUAAUUUUGUGUGCAAUUAGUUAUUAAUUUGUUGUGUAAUUAAUUCGAACACAGUUAGAUUACUGUGCUGCAGGUUCUUCGUUCGCGUUACGCGCCCGGCAAGGCGUAACUUUUCUUCAGCCGCUAGAAGACGUUUUCUAAUAAUAAUUCUUACGUUGAAGAAUUAUUGAGUAGGACUGCCUAGUAAAUCAUUUUCCAGAAAGAAAAGUGCUGUGUAUCGAACAAAUCCAAAAAAUUGUGGAAAGUUAAAUGAAAGAUUCUCAUUAUUGACGUUUUAAAAAUGGGGUCAAUUCGGAUUCCACGGACUGUUGUAGUGACUGCCUAUGUUGGAUUAUUGGUGACCUUGUUGGCUACUGAAGGUUUGGCCAAUCUCUAUUCCAACUCCUUCAUAUCACCAAAUUCAGCCGAAGAACUAGAUAUUCGAUUGGACGAAAGCAUAAAAACAUCUCAAUUGGAAAAUAUCAAAGCCACUUUUGUACCAGAAAAUGGUGACGAGCUUAGACAGAUUAAAUUAACGAAAGCUACGAAAGAAAGAUUUGAAAAAUCUACCGAGCCGAUUUUAUCAAGAACUUCAGCUGGUGAUAAUUUACUUUUGUUCAAAAAUGUUGAAGAAUCCUUGGAUAAUAAUGAUGUUGAGCUAUCCGGAAGAAUAGGACGAUUUAUACAACCAUCAAAAACGGACAAAAACCUCUACUUCGGUAAUCUCCAUUCUACCAUAGAUCCGGCCUCGGGGGAAGACCAUGGGGCUCUGCAGCCCAAAUCGCUGCAAGAGCCCCAAGCAAUCUUGCCGAGUGCCACGACGAAGGCUUUUGCUACUCAAUUGGUUAAUCCAGAAAGACCCAGACAAGCUAAUGCCGACAUACAAGACAUUAUCACUGGAAUAGUGAAACUUCUGAAUGGGAAUGUGAAUGUCCAAGCUAAUACUGCACAAGUAAAUAUGGGAAGACCUUUAAGACCACUUUCUACUAGAAUUAACAAUCGAGGACCUCCAAAGAUAAGCGAUGUGCCUGCGCUGCCCCCUGAUUUCGAUAUUCCUUCACAGCCUUUACCUCCUCCAGCAACAGGUCCUGUACCACCACCAAUGAGCUCAAGACUACCAACCCCAUAUCCUUUUGAGUUACCGAAUAUUUCCCAAAAACGGCCCUAUACUGGCAUAAGUAACAUACCUUUGUCAGACCAAGUAAUGCCUGGCAGCAAACGACCUGGUUUUUACCGCCCGGUAACAAUCCCACCCUGGAACCGAAGGCGCCCUACUAAACGCCCCAACCCUAAUAUACCAGUAUACAAGCCUAUGCCACAUGCGGGCAACUCGGAUACUGUUAGCCUAACUUCUGAAAAACCAAUGGAUGAUAUUUUUACCUUAAAUAUGGGUACUCAGUUUGAAGAACCUGAGCAGGCUGAUACUAGCUAUGAGGUACAGGAAGAGGACCACGAUCAUGGUCAAGAUAUCAGUGGUACUAGAGAUGAGGAGUUGGAGCUACCAGCAGAGAACGAUAGUGAUAAUAAGACAGUGUCUGAAAAAGUUAAUGAAGGACUCGCUGAAGCUGUAACUUCAAGCAUCAAAUUAGAACAAUCAGAGAAUAUGGAUCAGGAGACUUCAGAUUUUGAGAAAAACAAGGAAAAGAACCCUAAACCUGAUAAAACAACUAAGGUCACCAUUGUCACACCCACUCUGAAAACCGACAUUCUGGAAAUCCCAAUAUCCCUUGUACCCGAUGACGCAUUGCUAACUAUAGAACCAAAUAGUGUUACUGAAAAGUUAAUAGCAGCCACUAUUGCUAAUGAUUCUUCUCCAAUUAAAGCGGCAUUUGAGGCAACUGCUUCUUUAAAUUCAAGCGGUGGUGAGCCAAUAUUAGAAUCCUCCAUUGAAGAAGUUGCUGUAGCAAAAACUAGUGCUACUCAGCAAUUGCCAUCCUUGUUAAAGACUGAUGUAGCUAGUGAAGUACUUAAAGGUACAUUAGCAACAACAAUCAAGAACGAUUCAAGUCCAGCAACAGGUAUUGCUUACCAACCCUAUCGACCACGACCAGGAAUUGUUUUGGAUGACACUGAAUAUAAGCCUGGAGGUAUCAAUAGACAACCUAUUAUUACGAGACCGCCCAUUGGUGCCAUUGGAGAUAUUUUUGAUGUUACUGUAUCAGCUAUCCAAGGACCUGGAGAAGCAAGUGUUGGACAAGGACAUCCAUAUGUUAUUCCAGUUGAUAUCGAGACCAUUAACUCUCACUCAGAUGUUAUCACAUCACCCAUCGGCGAAGAAGGGUUUGUAUCAAUAGAUGGCAAAAGAACAUACUUGAACCUAUUUGGAGAUAAUCCGCCUUCAACUUCAGUAGCACCUGUUGGUAUCAAACCAAGUGCCCCAUCAAGCAACCAAGUGAUCCAAGGCACCGGUUACGUGGAGCUCGAAAAACCACCGGCUAAACCAACGUAUGGUUCAGUUAAACCUGCCCAAAGACGACCGACAUAUGGACGUCCAAGACCUAGUCAACCCCCUGUACGAAUUGAUACAUGCAUUGUUGGUGACGAUUCCACUUGUGACGCGUCUCAACAUGAAGUUUGCAGGACAGAACUAGGAGUUAGUGCUUGCCAUUGCCGUGCAGGUACUGCUAGAAGGAAGCAUAGGGAUCCGUGUAGAAAAAUUGUAUCGGUGCUGCUAUCUUUGAGGGUUGACAGGAUAUAUGAAAGAAGAGUGGUUUGGGCUAGUGAAUUGUUGGAGAAGAAUAGCGAGAGCUAUGAGCAGUUGUCAUAUGAAGCAGAAAGAGCGCUGGAAUCCGCCAUGUCAAUGACUCCAUUCAGUGAUGAAUAUCUCGGCUCCAAAGUUAACAACAUUUACCAAGGCGACCGAUCACAAGGACAAGCAGGUGUUUUUGUCAAUAUCACUCUACAGCUCGAAGAAAACGCUGAUACUUCCAGACCAUCAGUUAGGGGUGAUAUCCAACGACACCUCUUGGGCGUUAUCCAGAGAAGAAGCAAUAAUGUUGGUAAUAGUGCUUUGUGGGUGGAUAGUCCACCUGGAUCAGUGUCUAGUUUACAAGAUUUGGAUGAAUGCUCCUCUCCAGAACUUCACGACUGUCACGCUCAAGCGAUAUGCAUAAAUACUUUCGGAAGUUUCAAAUGCGAGUGUCACGAAGGCUUACGAGACCCUUGGGCCGAUAAUAAGCAUAGGGCAGGACGACAUUGUGAGCAAUGUGCAGCAACUUAUUGCAACAAUCGAGGGGAAUGCAAGUAUCAGAACGGACAGGAAAGUUGCACAUGUUCUGGUAAUUACUAUGGCGCCCAAUGUGAGCUAGACGGUGAAGUACUUGGAGUAGCUAUCGGUGCAAGUGUUGCUGCAAUAAUAAUCAUAGGAUUAACGUUGGUUUGCCUGGUUAUGUGGAGUCGAAAAUGGAGUCGAGAACAAAAAGCCGCAGUAGGCAGCCCAGUUUUUGGCUACAUGGCUACAGCUAGUAAUACUGUUAAAACACCCGUAGUCGGUGCACCCCCCUAUCAAUUAACUUUAGAAGAUAGAUUGAGAUGGGCGCAGAUUGCUGAUGUUAUGGCCCAGGCAAAUCAUUAUGCUCCUGAACCAGGUCUAGCCCCAACGCGACCUUCAUCAGCCAUUUUUGGAUAUCCAACUCUUCAAAUGAACAAUACCCUUCAAAGGCAUCCUGGAUCUCUAUAUGGUGGCGCAGGUGGAACUUUACCUCCAGUACCAUUACCAAGACUUAAUUUACAAGCUCAAUUAGCAAGCAAAGCGGCAAGUAUUCAAGGCAUGCAAGGCAUGAGACCCUUGGAUAACAGUAGUUCUAGCGAGGAAGAGGACAAGAUUGAUUUGUUAGGUAGGAAUUUUCAUGUUCCAAGGCCGAAAAGUAGGAGUAAUGCUUCGAUAGCGAAUCAAAGUGGUAUUUACUACGACGUGGACUAUGAGCAAAACGAAAUCUACAAACCAAGUGGAAUUCCCAUGAGUACGUAUGGACGUGCACCGUUUUUUAGAAAUUCUUAAUCCUAAUUUUGCACACAAUUUUUUUUGUUGAAAAAAGACUAAAUGUGAAUGUUUUGUGUCCCUUAGAGGCGUUGACCAGAAUAAGUGGCUGUACUAAAGUAAAUAGGAGCAAUGGCGAUGGUUUUUGGCUCUACGAUGACUUUAACUGUGAACGAAAACGUACCCAUAGUCCCACGACUUCUUUGUAAAAAGGCUUUAUUCAAAAUAUAAAAGAUAGAAUUUUGAAUUCAUGAAAACAAUAAAAUUGGAAUAAUCCUAGAAUCAUGGAAAGGUGUGCAGGAGCUAAUUUAGAUACAAGUUGAACUCUAUAACAUACCGUUUGGCUGUUCCUAAAUAUAUUUAUUAUUAUUUUUUAUAAUUUUUCAACAUUGCAUUAAAACGUCUUACGAUCAAAUAUUUUGUCUCAAAAAGUUCAAGAGAAAUUACAAUACUUAAAUGGACAAGCAUUGUCUCAUUUCAAUAAGACAGGUAUUUUACCUACGACGAUUUCCGGUCAAACCGAGAGUGCCAGUUGGUCAUCACCCUGUAUACCUACAUAAUAUGUCUACGCAUAUGUUCAACUUUUGAUGCUUUCCUUUUUUUGAAGAAUGCCUUUUUAUAACUAGUCGGAACAAAUUUAAUUUUAAUUAUCAGUAUUUUAUAGAUCUAUUGUAACUUAAAUUAUUUUAUAAUUUUAAGUUUUCUGGAAACUUUUAUUAAUUUUUUACCCAAAUAUUAUCCAGCUCAAAAAUAAUUAAGUAAAAACAUAUUUCACUUAUGAAACAUGAACAACGAGAAUUUGACGUUAUUUUAGAAAAAGUUUGAAAAACCUUGUAUGUAAUAAGAAGUAGGUACAUUUUUUUUAAAUAAUAUAAUUGGUAUGGAAAAUGAAAGUAAGGUACUUUCUGUGACUUUAUUAUCUUGUAUAUAUUUUCUUUUAAAUAUAGGAUUUUAAGUUAAACUAAGAGUUUUUAUCAGAAUUU